GUCGCCUGGUACUUCCGGAAGGCCUUGUUCAACUGCCUCGGGGACAUCUUCGGCUGCGCGCCCCAGAAGACCCAUGCGGUGCAAACCAAGGACCUGGAAGGAGGUGCUAUCCAGGUCAAGCCUACUGCGCAGGGCACCGUCAUAGGCGCUGCGCCACCCGGAACACAGCAUGCCGCAGCGCCCAUGAUCGUGGUGGCGACGGAUGAUGCCAGCCGUGGUGAGGUAAUGAACUAUCAGACGCUGCGGGAUGCCUGUCUCAACUGGAAUGCCGGAAACAUCCUUGGCAAG